UCGAUACGAACUUCGUGCGCAUCAAUCACAUAACAGACGUUAAGUCACGCAAACGCUUUCGCAGCGACAUCGACAGUGACAAUAACAAUAACAACUGUCCUUCCAUUUCUACGCUACGACGCUAGACUACCACCGACACAUCACAUCAGUCAUGGCGUACGCAUUUACUGCAACCGCAACAACUACCACUACCAGUCGAGCAGCACACUCACCUGUGGCGCCUGGCACGACGCGUAUGGCGUCACUCAAACCGCUGCGUAGCUUACAGCAAUUGCUGCUGCCAUUCAAAAUCAUCGCCAUCAUCAGCAUUGUGUCGUCAGCGUCGCCGCUGUCGUUGAUCAGCAUGACGCAGGCUAAACACCUGUCAGCGGAUGUUGGUGUUAGUAGCGCUGUAGCGGCGCUUGACGACGCCGCUUAUGCCGCUUCUGUGCCGUCGGUCGCCUCCUCCUCAUCCUAUUAUGGCGCUUAUCAGUUUCAACGUUUCGCAAUGGAACCGCAAGAUCAAACGGCUGUGGUGGGUGCACGUGUAACGCUACCGUGUCGCGUCAUCAACAAACAGGGUGUGCUGCAGUGGACCAAAGAUGAUUUCGGUUUGGGUACGUCACGUGAUUUGGGCGGUUUUGAACGUUACUCAAUGAUUGGUAGCGAUGAGGAGGGCGAUUACUCAUUGGAUAUUUAUCCGGUGAUGCUGGACGACGAUGCACGCUAUCAGUGCCAAGUGAGUCCGGGGCCAGAGGGUCAGCCGGCUAUACGGUCGACUUUUGCCACGAUAACAGUGUUGGUGCCACCCGAAGCGCCAAAGAUUACGCAAGGUGAAGUGAUUUACACGACCGAGGAUCGUAAGGUGGACAUUGAGUGCGUGUCGGUGGGUGGCAAACCGGCUUCAGAGAUAACGUGGAUUGAUGGACUCGGCAACGUUAUAACGAGCGACAUUGACUACACCACGCUGCAAAUGCCGGAUGAGCGCCGCUUCACCGCCCAAUCGACGUUGCGGUUGACACCGAAAAAGGAGCAUCACAAUACGACAUUCACUUGUCAGGCGCAAAAUACGGCGGAUCGCACAUAUCGCUCGGCGCGUAUACGUGUGGAGGUAAAAUACGCACCGAAAGUUAAAGUGAACAUAAUUGGCGGCGCGUUGGAGGAUGGACGUAUACCGGAGUUUGCACAGGUGCGAUUAGAGUGCAAAGCGGAUGCCAAUCCCAGUGAUCUGCGCUAUCGCUGGUUCAUCAACGAUGAACCAAUUGUUGGUGGACAAAAAACCGAGAUGGUUAUUCGAAACGUCACAAGAAAAUUUCAUGAUGCCAUUGUCAAGUGCGAAGUGCAAAACUCAGUGGGCAAGAGUGAAGAUAGCGAGACGCUGGAUAUCAGUUAUGCACCCAGCUUUCGUCAGCGUCCGCAAUCGAUUGAAGCCGACAUUGGCACUUUGGUGUCUUUGGGCUGUGAAGUGGACGGCAAUCCGACGCCAGAUAUUGUAUGGAUACAGCAUCCAAGCGAUAGGGUCGUUGGCAUCAAUUCCAAUCUCACCUUUACCGUUAGCAAUGAAACAGCUGGCCGCUACUAUUGCAAAGCCAAUGUGCCUGGCUACAAAGAAAUCAGCACCGAUGCGUAUGUUUACCUGAAGGGUUCGCCCACCAUUUACUCGCCGCCAUAUCAAUUCGGUUGGGUGGGUGAUACGGCGCGCCUUGAAUGUUCCGCAACAUCGGUGCCACGUGCGCGUCACGUCUCGUGGACAUUUAAUGGACAUGAAAUCAGCGCUGAAUACGGACACGACUACUCAAUACUGGUGGAUCCGGUGCCGGGUGGCGUUAAAUCGACUCUGAUCAUUCGUGACAGUCAGGCGUAUCAUUAUGGCAAAUACAAUUGCACAGUGGUGAACGAUUAUGGCAACGAUGUGUUGGAAAUCAAUUUGCAAGCACAAAAAACCAUCUCGCCCAUGAUGAUCAUCAUUGGUGGCACCUCCGUGGUCGGCUGUGCUAUGGUGCUCAUCAUUAUCAUUAUAAUCUAUUUCAAGUGUAAGAAGCGCACCAAACUACCACCGGCCGAUGUGAUAAGCGAACAUCAGAUAAGUAAGAAUGGCGGUGUAGCUUGUAAAAUGGAAGCCGGCGAUCGCACCUCCAAUUACAGUGAUCUGAAAGUGGACAUAUCCGGCGGCUAUGUACCCUAUGGCGAUUACUCAACACACUAUAGCCCGCCACCACAAUAUCUCACUACUUGCUCCACCAAAUCGAAUGGCAGUUCGACAAUAUUACAAAAUAAUCAUCAUAAUCAUUUGCAACAACAACAUAUGCAACAAACACUACAACAUCAUCAACAAACACCACCACCACAAACUGUGCCAAUGACCUUCCUCUCGAACGGCAGUGCGAGCGGCAGCCUGACGAGUAGUAUUGUCGGUUCGCGCGAAAUACGCCAAGACAACGGUCUACCGAGUUUGCAAUCCACCACAGCGUCUGUGGUGAGCUCCUCGCCGAAUGGCAGCUGUAGUAAUCAGAGCACCGCGACGCAUGUCAUCUCCAGUUCGGUGGCGAUGAGUGUGGAUCCACGUUAUAGCGCCAUUUACGGUAAUCCUUAUUUGAGAUCGUCAAAUUCAUCGCUGCUGCCACCACCAACAGCGGUUUAGAGCGUCUAUCUGAGCGCCUUAGAGAGUCAAUGUAAGUUAUGUGUAGGUACAUACAUAUGUAUAUGAAGUGAGCAUAAUAUUUCAUAUGGUAAAUAGUCCCGUUAGAAAUGAAAGACUGAUCUCAAAAUCAUUAAAAACCGUUAGAAUGGCUAGCAAUGUGGACAUAGGGUAAGUAAGUGUUAUGUUUCUAUAUAAUCUAAGCUAUUGUCAUAAUUUAGUUUGUUUUGGAAAUUUUUUAUAAAUUAUUACGCUUUAAAGUCAAAUAUUGCAGAGUUCUCGAAUAAUAUUUUAUUUCAUAUUUAUUUACUCAAAGCUUUUCAGGCAAUGCCAAUGUUGCUUCUUAAACUUCUGCUUUUGAAUUUCAUUUGAUGUACUGGCAAAUUUCGCACACAAUUUCAAAAAUAAAAGUGUUUUAUGUCUUUUUAGAAAUAAACUCCACACUCACAUAACUCCAUCCAGAUUAAAAUAUCAGCAACUGAAUUGCUAUGCUGACAUUAGCAGUGGUUGCUAAGCUUGCAAUUUCAUUGUGUGUGGCAUAAAUUAUGAAUGUGCGAUGGAGAGAGUAUUUAUAUAGUUUGCUGAGGAAAUGAAAAAUGUGCGAAAAAAUGUGCAAAACGGUGUGUGUUUUCAAGUUCAAGGUGAAGGUUGCGAAAAUUACCGUAAGUAGCUCAGAAAGGCCUGAUGUGUAAUAUUUUUUGGCAGGGAAAGGUCAUAGGUGGGCUUUUACUCCAACAAAGCGAAAACUUUUCCGCUUACGAAAGCAGUUAGAAAAGUACCGUGAAAGUAAUAACGCAAGUUUUGCAAUGUUAGCAACUGUAAUGAGCAUAGGCUAUGCUCUUAAUUUUUUCUCUGAGACUUUAAGCAAAAAUGUUUGGGGAAAAUAUAAUAUAAUGUAUAUUAUUAUUAGGGGACAUGUUAGUAAGCAUGAGAUAAAGUUGAGACCAAAGCUGAAAUGCUUUCUUAGACGCAUAGUAUUCAAUAUUGCAUAAUAUCUGCCAAGUCUUAAUAUAACUUAAGGGAUCGUCUCAGUGUGACCCUCCGAAAGAUAACUGAUUUUCGCAAUUUUUUUUUUUUUUGAUGUUGUGAUUAACUAAUCGGUCCGGUUUUUUUUUCUAGAAAUAAAUACAUUCAUGCCAAAUACAAAUGAUUAUUACUUAUUUGGUGUUUAAUAGUUAAAUAAAUUGUUGAAAUCACACUUAAAAAACAGGUCCUGCACGAUAUCCGAGAUUUCGGCUGCAAUUUUGAUUUAAAACAAAAAUUUCAAAAAUCGCCCUAUGAAGACUUUUUUUUUUAAUUUUACAAAAUGGCGGCGGUUCGAACAAAAAGCAUCUAAUUUGUCCUUUUUCGACAGUUUUUCAUAGAAAAAAAUAAGAAGAUUUAAAAAAUUUAUUCUCUCCAAAUUUGAACUAAAUUUGAGAGUGGAAAUCGUGUUGAAAAACACCAUUCUGAGAAAAACGCUUUUAAAUAUUAGCAUAUUUUCUAAAAACUCUUUAUAUAAAUUUAUGGUGAUAUUCUAGUUGAGAAGCUUGAAUUUUGAAUAAUUUUAUAAUUUUUUUUUUAUAUUUUUAUUAAAUUAUGCAUUCUUUAAGUAAAGUCCGCGACAUACUACAUAGAGCUAACAGGUCAAUUGAAAAGUCCCCAGUCUACUAUAUAUUUUUUGGCAAAUUUCGUUUUUUU